CGCGCCGGCGGCGGGGACGCCCGGAGGGGGUCGGAGCGGCUGGGGGCGGCGGCGGCCGGGCCGGGGCUCCCCCCCCGCCCGCGCUCGCCGCCGCGGUGGUGCGUCCCGGAGGUUACCGGAAGUGGCCGCGCUCGGCGCUGCCAUGUUGAGGAGCCGCCGCUGCCGCUGCCGCCGCCGCCGCCGCCGCUUUGUUGUCGCCUCCUCCGGCUGAGGAGGCUCCCCGAGCGGGGGGAGUGGGGAGGAGGGGGGUCGGCCGCCGCAGCCAUGGAGGCCAACUGGACCGCGUUCCUGUUCCAGGCCCACGAAGCCUCCCAUCACCAACAACAGGCAGCGCAGAACAGCUUGCUGCCCCUCCUGAGUUCCGCUGUGGAGCCCCCUGAUCAGAAACCGUUGCUUCCAAUACCAAUAACUCAGAAACCUCAGGCUGCACCAGAAACAUUAAAGGAUGCCAUUGGGAUUAAAAAAGAAAAACCCAAAACUUCAUUUGUGUGCACUUACUGCAGUAAAGCAUUCAGGGACAGCUAUCACCUGAGGCGCCACCAGUCCUGCCACACAGGGAUCAAGUUGGUGUCUCGGGCAAAGAAAACCCCCACCACGGUGGUUCCCCUUAUCUCCACCAUCGCUGGGGACAGCAGCCGAACUUCGUUGGUUUCAACUAUUGCAGGCAUCUUGUCAACAGUCACUACAUCUUCCUCGGGCACCAACCCCAGUAGCAGCGCCAGUACCACAGCCAUGCCUGUGCCCCAGUCUGUCAAGAAACCCAGCAAGCCUGUCAAGAAGAACCAUGCCUGUGAGAUGUGCGGGAAGGCCUUCCGGGAUGUGUACCACCUCAAUCGGCACAAGCUUUCCCACUCGGACGAAAAGCCCUUUGAGUGUCCUAUCUGUAAUCAGCGCUUCAAGAGGAAGGACCGCAUGACUUACCAUGUGAGAUCUCAUGAAGGAGGCAUCACCAAACCCUAUACUUGCAGUGUUUGUGGGAAAGGCUUCUCAAGGCCUGACCACCUCAGCUGUCAUGUCAAACAUGUGCAUUCAACAGAAAGACCCUUCAAAUGCCAAUUUUCCUCCCUCAUGCAGACGUGCACCGCUGCCUUUGCCACCAAAGACAGACUCCGGACACACAUGGUGCGCCACGAGGGCAAGGUUUCCUGUAACAUCUGCGGGAAGCUCCUGAGUGCAGCGUACAUCACCAGCCACCUAAAGACGCACGGGCAAAGCCAAAGCAUCAACUGCAACACCUGUAAACAAGGCAUCAGCAAAACAUGCAUGAGUGAAGAGACCAGCAAUCAGAAGCAGCAGCAGCAACAGCAGCAGCAGCAGCAGCAACAACAACAACAGCAACAGCAUGUGACGAGCUGGCCAGGGAAGCAGGUAGAGACACUGAGACUGUGGGAAGAAGCCGUCAAAGCCAGAAAGAAAGAAGCUGCCAACCUGUGCCAAACCUCCACGGCUGCUACGACACCUGUGACUCUCACUACUCCAUUCAAUAUAACGUCCUCUGUGUCGUCUGGGACUAUGUCAAACCCAGUCACAGUGGCAGCUGCAAUGAGCAUGAGAAGUCCAGUAAAUGUUUCAAGUGCAGUUAAUAUAACCAGCCCAAUGAACAUAGGGCAUCCUGUAACUAUAACCAGCCCAUUGUCCAUGACCUCUCCUUUAACACUCACCACCCCAGUCAACCUCCCCACCCCUGUAACCGCCCCAGUUAAUAUAGCACACCCUGUCACCAUCACAUCUCCCAUGAACCUGCCCACGCCUAUGACACUGGCUGCUCCUCUCAAUAUAGCGAUGAGGCCUGUAGAAAGCAUGCCUUUUUUGCCCCAAGCUUUGCCUACAUCACCACCUUGGUAAACAGUAUUAUAAAGUCAAAGUAUGGGUUAAAGUAAAUAUUUACCAGCAACGUACUUUUAGUUGACUAAAGCUAUGAAAUUUGGAGGUUUUAUUAUGUUAGUUAAUAAGAGUGUAGUAGCAUUUUGCUCCAAUUUGGCUGGGGUUCAAAGUAGGGUAUAUGUGUAAGUUACCACUGGACCACUUUAGUUUAAUCAGAAACCCCCUUUAGCUGACAGCAUUGCUUAAACAGGAUAGUAGCUGGCAAGAUGAAAUGCCAGAUCUAAAACCAAUCAUCAAACCCAUUUCAAAAUGAAAAAAACAAAAAAACAAAAAAACGAAAACAAAAAAAUCAAAAAACAGCAUUAUUUGUUUUUAAUUAUUAUUGUUUUUAAUCCAGUAAAAACACUAGCAGAGUUUUUCCCUCUGUGAAAGGUGGAUGAUUUUAACCUGAAGUUCUAAACCCACAGACUGAGAGCUAGUGUAGAACUGUCUGUGUUUUUUUGUUCGUAUGAGUAAAUAGAUGCAUUGUCAUAAUAAAAUGCAUUUCAGAGAAUAUGCAUUUUACCUUUGGGAAUAUGUUAAUUUCAGGCAGCAUUCCCUAUGGGAAAGGUGAUACCAGCUCUGAUAUGCAAAGCAUAUGAUAAUUUAUCAUUCUAACUUCAACAUAUACUAGGGAUUGUGACCUGAUAUUUGGAGUGUAAAUAUUGCUCAGCAUAUUAAUCCUGAUGGAAUAUAGCAUUGUAGUUGACUUUUUAAAAAAAGAAAAAAACUUAAAAAAAAAAAAAAAAAAACAACCAAACAAAUUGUGUUUUGAUGAGAAAAGGCUGCGGCUGGCUGAGGAGAAGUCAGGUGUGCACACAGCAGGCUCCUAGCAGGCCAGUGGGGCCUGUUCAGGAGCAACGAGAACUUUGGGACAGUUUAAAUCUAUUGCUUUAAAUUGGAAGACAUUGGAGGCACUGGGAUGUGAUAUGCCCCUCUCUCUCCCAAUCAUCGUCUGUUGGUGUUACAACAGACACAGAUGUGUUAGAUGCUCACUAGAGUUUAUGUCUUAUAUUAAAUUGUAUACAGUUUUUAUUCUAACCACUAACUAGGUAGUAUGCCCCUUCAGAACAAGCAGAGUGUAUCUUUUCCCCCUUCUUCUGUUUAAUCAAGUAUUGUGCAGAUUUGUUCAACUUUGUAAAUAUGGACAUCACUUUUUUUUUUCCCUUUGGGGGGGAAAAAAAAAAAAACACUUGUAUCCGCUUUCUGGCGUUUUCAGGGAGGCAGCUGUCUGCAUGCUCCACGGAAACCCUGCAAUGAUUGUGCACGUUGAGACAUGUGCUUUUUGUUUCUUAGUGGGAUGCUUUAUCCCUGUACAUACGGUAGAAACCAAAAGCUAGGGAAACAGAUGCUCUUUACGCCAUCAUGCCACACUUCAUGUUUUCAAAGCAUUGUGUUAAAGAAAGGUUCAUUCAAACCAAGAUGCUGUAAUAUUUUUUUUUUUUUUUUUUACAUUGCAAUGUGUUUGGGGUCUUUUUCAUUUUUAAUCUUGCAAUUAAGAGAAAUGGAAAUGAGUUCUGUUAGCCCUGCAGAAUGCAUGCGGGACUGUCACACCGGAUGACUUCCGUUUAUACCCCACUGUGUCAGUACAAACAUCAAAAUACCUUGCAUCUGAAGCAGACUUGCUACAUCAGGGACAGGUAUCUGUGUGUCAUUAUACAAAACAGUUCUAGGGGGAUGAACUACAUAGUAAAAAAAAAAAAAAAAAUUAAAAUAAAUAGUACCUAGUGUAAAAUAAUUUUAUAAAUGAUCUUUUGUACUUUAGGACAUUAAAUUGUACAACUUUUGUAUAUAUAAAGCUUAGGAACUUUCUGUUUAGCAGGAAGGCAACACAUUCCUACACUUUUAAUGUAUAUGUUUGUUAUAAUGUCCAUGUAAACAUGCCCUAUGUUUGUGCCUUUUAAUUAGUUUGUCUCAAUAAACAAAAUGUAGAGAAAAAUAUGUAGCUAUGGCUUUGUUACAACAGUUCUUAUCCACAGUUGAAAAAUGGUUUGUUUUUAUGUGUAGAUCAUUAUGUGUGAGCUACUGGAAGGGCUCAUGUGGGAAAGGCCUAGAAAUGGCACUGCUGAGACCUGGGGGGCAGUGGUCACAUGUGGAGGAAACCCACAUUUCCUGGCCUGUGCUCUGCCUGCUGGGUCCUGUCAUCUGUGUUGUGCUGGCUGUCAUGGUCCUUCACGGUUCAGACAGCCCGGGCUUCCUCCACAGUGGCCAAGGAGCAGUUCUCAAAGUGGGAAGGUGUGGGCCCUUCCCCCAGGCUACAGCGUGGUCGUAAGAUCCUGAAAGUAUUAGUUCUUACAGGGGGAAAAAAAAGAUAUAUACUAGAAAUGAUUGUUCUUUUCAAUUCAUUGUAAACAGGAGUGAGACUUCAUUGUAUGACUUCAGUUAAAAUGCUAUUUUGUAUGCAUUCUUUAUUCACUUAAGAAGCUUGUCUGCAAUAAUAAAGCCACGUUGUGUCUUCUUUGGGGAGGGAGGAGUUGAUGACAGGACAGGGUGAGGAUAGGCCACUGCAAGGGGGCACAGGCAGGUUGUGUGGUGAACUCCUCCUGUGUCUUGGAACGGAAACUGAGUUGUGAUGGUGACGAACUGAUUCAACCAUGUGCGGAAGGCACCGACAGCCACCACUCUACAAAAAGGCAGAGUGUGUUUCCCUCCUGGUUGUAACCUGGUGGAGAGCUUUCCUUUAUCAGACUGGCAGCUAAACAGUUGUAUUAGAUAAUCCUCGAAUCUGACAUCCAGCCUGUUACGCUUGCUCUAGGGCUCGCUGCUCGGCCUGCAUUUACCUUUUACUGUGUAUUCAUUUCCCUCCCAAGGUGUGCUCCUAAAUGAAGGUUUCUAUGUACUCGGAUGAUGAUUUUACCUGUCAAUACCAGCACUGUAUUACUAACAUGCAAAAUACUGCAGAUUUAUUUUGACAAAUUAAAGUUAACCAGUCACAACUGUUA